AGCUGAUUGCAGCAGAGCUCACUUGAUCACUCUAAAGAAGGAGCAGUCGUGUGUCUCUUUAAGGAUAAGAGAUUCUGAAGUUACUCUGAUUUUACAGGCUUCCCAUCAGAAUCACAUCACGUGAAUUAUGGCUUCCAGUAUGGACGGAGUCUACAAUGACUAUGAUACCUACAGCCAGAUGUCAUACACUCCAUCGGAUGAUGAUGACUCAAUCUCUGUCUCUGACUCUGCCAGCCUGCAUACUUCUUCCUCUUUCUCUUCUGGAGACCUUACCUCUCCUGCCCAAACUCCAGAAAAAUGUGAAGAGGAAAAAGAAAAGAGAAAGAAAAGAGGCAGAACCAAAGUUAAAAAUGAAAAUGUUAUUCGUACCAUCAAAAAGACCAGAAGAGUCAAAGCUAACGACAGAGAGAGAAACAGAAUGCACACGCUUAACUCAGCUUUGGAUGAACUUAGAACCAUUUUGCCCAGUUUUCCAGAUGACACCAAACUAACUAAGAUUGAAACUCUACGUUUCGCCCAUAAUUACAUUUGGGCUUUGUCUGAAACACUAAGAUUAGCGGACCAGUCCAAGGAGAAGACCCAAAAAGAACUGAUGCACCUAGGGUAUAUGAGUCCUGAGACUCCAUCCAGCCCUGGUAGUGAUGCUGGAUCAUGGGUAUCAUCUGAUUCCCCUUCAUCCUCACCUUCCUCAUCUUUCUCCAUAUGCACUUCCAGCCCAAGCAGCCCAGCUACAUCUGAAGACUGUUACUAUGGACAUAAAGAUAGUGUAUAUUCAAUCCACACCUUUCCACAAACCUUUAUUGAACGCCCUACCUGCUUCGUACAGUAUCACUAGUUUUUAGAAUGAAGAUCACUUUCCUAUCUGCCUUAAUAUAUUAUUCGUUAUUCUUUAUAAUCUAUAUGUACUAUAGUAAGACAUGUAGAAACUAAAAUGGGUGGCCUGAGAUUAUGAUCUAUAUACAUGCCUAAAUUCUGACACAGUUGGAUAGAAAUAUGGUUUUCUGUUUUUUUCCCACUAAAUUUAAUGAAAAUCAUAAGAUCUGUAGUCAUGUUAUGAACACGGUUUUCCCUACUUUUGCACUUUCGGAAUUAAUCAAAAAACUUUUGUUUUAUUUCUUUUG